CUCUCUCUCUCUACCUUCUCUCUCUUCUUCUUCUUCGCCUUCUUCUUCGCUGUCGAAGAGCUUUAUAAUUCAGACGCGAAGAUCACAUACAGACAAACCCAGUUCGUGAAUGCUUCGUCGUCGCUGGCGAGGUUCCCGCGGACGCCUUCCUUGCCCGCUCCCGCUCCGAGUCCUCCGCCAGCCAUGGGAGAAACGAGGCGCGCCGGGAGCGCGAGGUUGAUGGAGAGUGGUUGAGGAGCAUGCAUUGAUGGGUCUUUAGUUGACUGCUCCCCCCACGCUUCCUUCUCCUCGGGAAACCUCCAUUUCGGCUCAUUUAAACAUCGAUCCCCGCCUUCGAGGUAACCAACCCCGUUUUCCCAUUCUCCCCGCGCCCCCUCCUCCGUUCGUCCCCCCCGGCGCGCUUUUUUAAGCGUUCUCGGGAACCGCCGCUCCUUCCCGUCUUCCUAGGCUCCGGCGGCACGCGCGCCCCGCUAUAUAGCGAGUGUAGCGGCCUCUUCCCCGAGCAUUCGAGGUGGGAGCGCCGAACUGCGACGCGGCCUGCUCCUUCGGAGUCGCCGACCUUGGACGGAAGUUUUUUUGGCCUUUCAGGAUGGUGCUCAUAACCGACGCGCAUAGCGCCUCUGGUUCUUGAACUUCGAUCGGGAGGACCACCUUCUCCUGCGAUUCCCUUUGUGCCAAAUGACUCUUCUGGCACCGGGCUUCUUCGCAAUGGCCAGAGCCUCCCUCCUCUGUUUACCGUUUCGGUUCAUCAUGGUUUCCCUCGUUUUGUUCUGCUGCCGAGUCCCGCCAUGCACGGCCCUGACGGUUGAGACCCGGGCGCUCCUCGAAAUCAAGGCUCAGCUGAAGGACCCUUGGAACAUGCUCGAGUCCUGGAGAGAAACGGGGUCUCCGUGCGACUUCUUCGGGGUCACUUGCGACCCGGUUUCUAAAGAAGUUGUGGGGAUAUGGCUUCACAACCAAUCUCUCUCGGGGACGAUAUCGCCUUCCAUUUCAAAGCUCAGGAGCCUGGUCUCUCUUUCGCUGCAUUCAAAUUCCAUUUCCGGGAAGAUCCCUGGAGAGCUUGCCAAUUGUAGCAAUCUCAAAGUCUUGAAGCUCUCUGGCAAUCAAUUGGUGGGAAGAGUGCCGGACCUUUCUCCGCUGAAAAGCCUCAAGUUUCUUGAUAUUACAUCGAAUCAGCUGUCCGGCGAAUUGCCGGGGUGGGUAGCUAAUUUGACAGGGCUGGUUUCUCUGGGUCUUGGUGAUAACAAUUACGAUGAGGGUGAAAUCCCUGAGAGUCUUGGGAAUCUGAAGAACUUGACUUGGCUCUUCUUGGGCAGAUGCCACUUGAAAGGAGAGAUCCCGGAAUCCAUCUUCGAACUCACCGCGCUCCGGACUUUGGAUUUAUCAGUAAACGAGAUCUCGGGGACAUUGUCGAAAUCAAUUGCCAAAUUACGAAAUCUUAAACAGAUCGAGCUCUUUCGUAACAACUUGACCGGAGAACUCCCGCCUGAGCUGGUGGAGCUCACAGACCUGCAGCAAUUCGACAUAUCUGCUAAUAACUUGCACGGUGUAUUACCUCCGGGAAUUGAUAACCUUAAGAACUUGACGGUUUUUCAGCUAUAUGAAAACAAUUUCUCUGGGGUGCUUCCCGAAGGGUUCGGGGACUUACGUCACCUCAUUGGGUUUUCGAUCUACAGGAACAGUUUCUCUGGCAAUUUCCCGGCCAAUCUCGGUCGAUUUUCUCCUCUCAAAAGCAUAGACAUAUCCGAAAACCAGUUUUCAGGUGAGUUCCCGAGGUUCCUGUGUGAAAACAGGACCUUGCAGUUCUUGCUUGCUCUGGGAAACAACUUUUCAGGCGGCCUGCCCGAUUCUUAUGCUGAAUGUAAGUCCCUUGAGAGAUUUAGAGUAAACCAGAAUCAAUUAUCGGGGCCAAUUCCAGACGGGGUGUGGGCGUUACCCUAUGCAAGACUGAUUGAUUUCGGUGAUAAUAAUUUCAAUGGAGUUGUAUCAUCAGACAUUGGCAACUCUACCAAUUUGAAUCAGUUGGUGCUACAGAAUAACAGGUUUUCAGGCGAGAUUCCAUCCGGACUGGGCAAACUUAGGAACUUGGAGAAACUUUAUCUGAUGAAUAACAAUUUUUCUGGUAAUAUACCGCCUGAAAUCGGCAAUCUCGGGCAACUCGGGUCCUUGCAUUUGGAAGAAAAUUCACUGACGGGGCCGAUUCCAGGGGAGCUCGGUGAAUGCGGUAAAUUGGUUGACUUGAAUCUUGCCUUGAAUGCUCUGAGUGGUGAUAUCCCCAACUCCCUUUCACAGAUGAGCUCCUUGAACUCCUUAAAUGUAUCGGGAAAUAAGUUAACGGGUUCAGUACCAGAGAGUUUGGCGAAAUUGAAGCUAAGCUCCAUUGAUGUGUCUGAAAACCAAUUGUCUGGUGAAAUUCCUUCUGAUCUGUUGAGGAUAGGAGGGACCAAAGCAUUUCUUGGAAACAUGGGAUUUUGUGUCGACCAAAAUUCAGGACCGCCGGUGAAUUCAGAUAUCAAGAUUUGCAGUGAAAAGCACACUCGGAGGGGCAUUUUCGCAGAUAAGCUGGCUCUGUUCAGCAUCAUAUUAUCAGCUCUGGUUGUUGUCUUAGUUGGUUUACUCCUUGUUAGUUAUAAGAACUUCAAAUAUGUCGAGGCUGAUCCGGUGAAUUCUAUGGAGGAAGGGAAGGAAACAUAUCCAAAAUGGAAACUUGCAUCUUUCCACCAAGUGGAAAUCGAUGCAGAUGAUAUAUGUAACUUGGAAGAGGAAAAUCUGAUUGGAAUUGGGGGGACUGGAAAAGUAUAUCGUGUGGAGUUGAAGAAAAGCGAUGGGACAGUAGCUGUGAAGCAACUGUGGAAAGCAGAUGGUGCGAAGCUAUUGCUUGCUGAAAUGGAGACUUUGGGGAAUAUCAGGCACAGAAAUAUACUCAAGUUGUAUGCUUCUCUGAUGAAAGGAGGUACGAGUUUCUUAGUCUUUGAAUACAUGGCAAAUGGUAAUCUGUUUCAAGCACUUCACCGACAGAUCAAAGAUGGUCGGCCAGAACUGGAUUGGUUUCAGAGAUACAGAAUUGCUGUUGGAGCAGCAAAGGGAAUUGCUUAUCUGCAUCACGAUUGUUCACCUCCCAUUAUUCAUCGCGACAUUAAGUCCACAAAUAUUCUACUUGAUGAAGAUUAUGAACCGAAAAUUGCUGAUUUUGGUAUCGCCAAGACUGUUGAGAAGUCCCAUAAGGGACCUAAUUGUAGCCGUCUAGCUGGAACUCAUGGCUAUAUUGCUCCAGAGCUGGCUUAUACACUUACAGUGAGUGAAAAGACUGAUGUAUACAGUUUUGGAGUCGUUCUGCUAGAAAUCGUCACCGGUAGACAACCGCUCGAGGACGAGUAUGGUGAGGGAAGAGACAUCGUUCACUGGACGCUAACUCAUCUUAGCAACCGAGCAAAUGUCCUCAAAGUACUAGACGAUAAGGUGGUAUCCAACUCCAUUGAAGAUGACAUGAUCAAAGUGUUGAAAGUUGCAGUUCUCUGCACCGCCAAACUCCCAUCUCUGCGUCCAACUAUGAGAGAGGUUGUAAGCAUGCUCAGUGAUGCUGAACCGUGCACAUUAAGGUAUACGGAAAAUGAUGCUAAUAAGAAUGGAAGGUCUGUCUUUGGUUAACUUCUCUAUCACUAGCAUAAACUAAGGUCAAGCUUCAAGCUCUUAUGUAAAGGUGGGUGCCUAAAAUGCUUCUCAGCUAUUCCAUAUGUGUGGUACUGGCAAGUUUUUGGUUGUUAAUAGCAGCAGUAGGUUUACCAUCACAUGAAGUGAAUGCAUUUUUCUGGGAUAUAGGUUUUCUAGAUAGCCUACUUCGGUGUGAUUAUUUAGGUAUCUCAAGCUGUUUGCGUGUACAUAACUUAUGCUAAUACCAGCAAUAAACUUUCGUCCUGCCGUGUUCUACUUAAA